GGAAGACAGAGAAGUGGUAGCAGGCUGUCCUGUGGAGAACACUGAAACCAAGAACCUGAAGGCCUCCAGCCUAGCCCCAAACUAGGGAGCCCCAAGUGAAGGAGAAAUUUUGCAGAGUCGUCAAGUAAAUACCAUCUUUCAGAAGUUCUCAUAGCAAUUUCAACAAAAGAAACCUUUUAUUUUUCUCCACAAAUCAUGCAAGAUCAAGGGCUACCUUAUGUUUUGAUAAAUAGUUUUGAAGAACCAUAUUGUGUGAAUGAAGAUCAUGUAGCAGAUCUCAAGAAACAAUUUAAUCUUGUCACCAUGCAAGAAUUUCUUGAAAACAAAACACAUUUCAGUCAAAAGAUACAAGCUAUAUACAUAUGGGGAGGGAAACCAGUUAUUGACAAGGAGCUACUAACAAGCCUACCUACCUUGAAGAUUAUUGUAAACUCGGGAGCAGGCCUGGAUCAUCUGGACCUGAACUUGAUUGCCAGCUUUGGUGUAAAACUGGCCAACACUCCACAUGCUGUUACUAACAGCACUGCAGAUAUGGGAAUGGCCUUACUUUUGGCAACAGCUCGGAGAAUAUUAGAAGGGAUCGAGGUAGCUACUUCACCAGACACUAAGUACUUUUCUCUUAAUUGGAUGGGACAAGACGUGACUGGCUCUACUCUGGGAAUCAUAGGUAUGGGCAACAUUGGCUAUAAGGUUGCUCAGCGAGCCAAAGCAUUUGAAAUGAAGAUUCUAUAUCACAAUAGGAACCGCAGGAAGGUGGAAGAAGAACAGGCAGUUGGAGCCCAUUACUGUGAAAAGUUGGAUGAGUUGCUGCAGCAAUCGGACUUUGUAAUGCUGGUUCUCUCUCUGACACCCCAGACUCAUAAGUUGAUUGGAAAGAGGGAACUAGGACUAAUGAAACCCACUGCUAUUCUUAUAAACAUUGGCAGAGGUCAAUUAGUUGAUCAAGAUGCCCUAGUUGAAGCUCUUCAAACUGGGAUUAUUAAAGCAGCCGGACUGGAUGUGACUUAUCCUGAACCCCUGCCAAGAUCUCAUCCUUUGUUAAAGUUAAAAAACGUUAUCCUAACACCUCAUAUUGGAAGUGCAACUCAUCAAAGUCGACGUCUCAUGAUGGAAAAUAUGGUUGAAAGCCUUCUGGCUGCUCUCAGUGGUCUUUCUAUUCCUAAUGAAGUAAAUCUUAAAGAGGGUGACGUCAUAAAGGUGGGCGGUGCCAUCUGCCUCCGCCGCUGCGUCGCGGCCAAUCGCCGCGUGGGGGAGCUCCAGUUGCGCGACCGGAACUUCCGGGACUUGUCUGGGGCCCGGGGUUGUUUCGCGCGGCUCUGUCUAGGACCUGCGGGAGCGGCUGGAGCCAUGUGGGUCGCGUUGGGGCGAUCGCUGGGCUUCUCUAGGAGUGGGUCGGAGCUGGCAUUUUGGAGAGGGAGCGGAGCCUCGGCGGCCGAGAGCAGGAGUCGGUGGCUAGGCCCGGUGACCUGCUUCCUUCGAGGCCGUCCCCAGGGCCGGGGUCUGCACGGCUCGCCGGCCGUCUGCGGCAGUAAGAACUUGCUCAAGAAGUUUGCUUCGAAAACCAAGAAGAAAUUCUGGUAUGAAAGCCCUACCCUGGGACCUCACUUUACACAUAAUCCAUCUAGCUGGGAAAGUCUAAUGAAACAUACUUCAAAAAAGACUAAAAAAGACAGCAUACGCAAGAGGGUUCUUGAUGGGAUUCUUUAUCAGGCAUUGUCAGACUUGAUACAUACCUUUGAAGUGAAUGAAGAAGCCUAUGAUCUGAAUGUGGAAUUUUCUAAGGUAUCUCUUGCCCCAGAUUAUUCAGCCUGUCGUGUGUAUUGGAAGACAUCCCUGUCUGCUGAGCAGAAUGAUCACAUAGAAGUGAUUUUACAGAAGAAUGCUUCAUAUUUCAGGCAUCUUUUGAUUAGUUAUCAGAUCCUAAGGAAUGUUCCUCCAAUAGUAUUUAUUCGUGAUAAAGAAAGUGCAGCAGUAGCAGAGGUAAAUAGGUUACUGGAAAUUGCUGAUUUUGGACCCCCUGAUGAAAAAGAUUUGACACAAAGUGACCCAAGUGAAUGUAAGACAUCAGUAACUUCUGUAUCAUCUCAUGUAUCAGAGUGCACCAUUCAGCCAAAUCUCUUUGGAAUUGACCAUGAGGCACUCCAGAAGCAGAUAAUGGAGUACAAAAGAAACAAAGGGAAAGGGCAUGAUGAUAUAAGCAUUGGAAAUGCAGAGCAAGAACAGGAACAGGUAUCUAUGCUGCAGAAGCAAGUGAAAAAGAAAAUGAAGAAGGCAAAGCAUUCCAUGGAUGAUGACAUUACCCCCCAGGAUUAUUUGCUCAACAGAUAUUGUGAUCAGCUGGACAAAAAUGAUGCAUUUUUGGAAGAAUAUAAACCAGAGUAUGAAUUGCAAGAAGCAUUAGAGAAAUUAAAAUUAGAGGAUAAUAGUGUUUAUAAGGAACAAAGUUCAUUAACUACAGAUCUUGAAGAAAAUAAACUUAAGAAGUGUUAACUUUUCUGAUAGGUUUUUUAAAAUUUGGUUUAGUUUGCUAUUUAACAUUAAACUGGACCUAAAAAUCUA